AUGUUUUCGGAAUAUGCCUCUCGAUUCCUGGCACAGUCCCAGUCACGACUGUCUAACUUCGGCCAAGCGGCCGGUGACGACACCGGCAGCAACACUGGUGGCGACACAUCGAAUCGGCAAGCAGGAGACUGGCCAUCCCGCAACAACAGAUCAUAUGGACGAUCGUUUUUAGGUCGCGGAUUCGGUGGUGGGGGUGGAGGCGGUACAGGAGCCUCGGGGAACCCAUACCAGUCCUCUGGCUCACGGUUUGGCCAGCUCAACUUUGCCUCUCGGUACUCGACCGCGGCCCAGGAUGCGCCUCUGUUUCACGAGGUGGAGGAGGAGGAGGAAGGCGUUGAUGACGACGAUGAGGUCGAGCGUGACAGAGAGGCUGCUGAUCUGUAUGCACUUCAGCGGUCACGACGGGUGUUCGCAGCCAGCCGGUUAGAAGAAAGCACAGGUACAGACAACGAGCUGAGUAACGCGUCACUGCGUGACAGCAAAGACGACGACGGCCGCCAUCGAUUGAGCAACAGCGGACGGAGAACCAGGGCAGCAGCAACCAGUAACGCACAAGACGGCGACGAUGCCUUUAUGUCAAACAAAACGAAGGGAGUCCGCGAGUCCAGGAUACAAAGCAGCUGGAACGAGAAUCGGACCUUCCACCGGCCAGGACGCGAUGCCACGGCAAACGAGGAGGAUUCCGGCGGCUACAAUCCCGACCUCCAGGAGAGCCGCGGUAAGAUGGUGGAUAUCGGACUGGAAUCGACGAUUGCAGAGAGCGAACCUCCCUUGGAUCUGACUGUCGAAGCUCCCCGCGAAGACGACGACAAUCCGGUACCAGCGUUUCAAAAGUUUGCAGCAGCCAAGGGCUCCGGUCGCUUUGGCUUCCGUCGGGGCUCAACGAACGAGUCCGAGCUGGGCCUUUUGCGAGACGGCGCUGGUGGUGGUGCCGACAGCGAGGCCAAUUUCGGCCCUGGAGAUCCUGUUAGCAGUAGCGUCUUGCAGCAGGCGGUCACAGGAGGUGCGCCCUCGUCCGACAUGGAGCUGUUCCGGCACGACCCAUUCUUUGCCUGGAUCUACCUCAUUGCCCUGGCGUCUCUAUUCGCGACGUUUGUCCUCGUCUACUUACAUACCUCGGGUCCUACGGGCGGCGAGAAGCAACCGUGGGGCGACACCAUCUACACGACACUGCUCUCGUCAAUUCACCUCCUGGCCGUUGACACCCUCGUUGCCGUCAUCGUCUCCCUCGUAUGGCUCGCCGCCCUCCGAUCGUUCGCCCGCUACAUGGUCGGCCUCAUUAUUGUUGCCGUCCCCGUGAUCCUCAUCGCCUUCAGCAUAUACCCUCUUGUGUCCAGCUACCAAGGCGCCAAGACGGGAAGCUCCGGUUUUCAGGACACAGUCAUGCGUUGGGCGUCGAUUGUGCCUGGUGUAUCCGCAGUUGUCUGGCUGUAUCUUGUGUGGAAGGGCCGGUCGGCUCUGCGGUCGUCCAUUGACAUUCUUGAGUUUUCCAGCCGCAUCCUGGCGGCCAACUCUGCUCUUGUUCUUGUCGGCAUGGGCUGCCUCAUGCUUAUUGUCUUCUGGACGUGGGCGUGGCUGGCCAUGUUUACGCGGGUCUUCCUGGGCGGCUCCUUCUCCAGCAAGCUGUCUCGGUUCAUCAUCAGCACGUCGAGCUGGUGGCUUGGUGUUUACUUUGUGCUCAUGUACAUCUGGACCCUGUCUGUCAUCUCGGGCGUGCAGCGUGCUACCACGGGUGCCACCGUGUCCCAGUGGUACUUCCAUCGCAAUGUGCAGCCUGCGCCGUCCUCCAACGAAGUCGUGUCGGCGGCCCUCCACCACGCGAUGACGACCAUCUUCGGCUCCAUCUGCCUGUCGACGUUGCUCGCCCUCGCCGUUCGGCUCCCUCUCCUCGUGCUCCCGGUCCGGCUCGCAAACGGUCUCGGCCUAUUCUUCUAUUCGUUCAUCCCGACGCCCAUCGCCGCACUCACGAACCCCCUUACGCUUACCUAUGGUGCCAUCCACUCCCAAAACCUGACCGCGGCGUCGCAGGGACUUACCCAGCUAGCGUUCCUGUCACCCGAGGCACCCACCACCACUCUGACGCCGCGCAUGUUCCAGGCUCGGCAACGCCGUAAGAGGUAUGGCGGAGUCGGUUCGACGGCGCCACUGCUCCCCUACCGGCUGGCCAAGCUUCUGCUGCAUGCCACGCGCUUCAUUAUGGCGACGGCUCUCGGCUUUGCCGGCUGGGUCAUUACGGCGCGGCAGCUGCGCGUUGCGCUUCCCGACGGUGCCGGCGGCAGUGUCCGGGGCAGUGCGUAUGCCUACGUGGUCGGCUUGGUCGCCAGUUUUAUCGGCUGGGGCGUCCUCGGCGCCAUGGAGGGCAUUCUGAGUGGUAUUGUGGAUGCCGUGGUGAUUUGCUACGGCAGCGAGACGCGCAUGUCGAACAAUGCCGGUGUUGGCGCCGGUGGCGGCGGCUACUGCAUGGAGGCGGCGUACUUGUUUGGCGGCCGCGGCGACGGGGGUGUAGAAGAGGACGACUUCCACCGCACCAACCGCGAAGUGUAUUAG